AUGUCCUUUGACUCCCCGUACAAUCGUAAUGUCUACAUUGCAAGUCUCCCCGCCAACUACACGGAUGAGGAGCUCCACGCCUUGUUUGCCCCCUUUGGAAAAAUCCUGUCCACGGCUCUCGUGAAGGACAAGAACACAGGGCUCUGCAAAGGUUACGGAUUCGUGCUAAUGGAGCGUUUCCAAGAUGCGUACAACGCGGUGAUUGCCCUCCAGGGGCACAGCAUUGCCCACACACGCGUGCAAGUGCGCCUGGCCCGGCCAGAAGCCUCGGCAAAGAGGGUAUACCCCCUCAUGUAUCAGCAGGCCAUGAUCUACGAUGCGGUGUCGCCGACGUAUUUGCUCUUGCUCCCCCAACCGUACAUCAUGAGCCAGUGA